AUGCUGCGCACCCCGACGUCUAUUUUGUUGCGCAGGAGCCUGUUGCGUAGUGUCACGGUCGCUACCUCCCGAGCCUCUUCCACUCAGGCCCUGUCCAACCCGACCCUGAAGAACAUUGAGAAGCGAUGGGAGGGUAUGCCCCUUCAGGAGCAGGCAGACCUCUGGAUGGCCCUGCGCGACCGCAUGAAGGGAAACUGGAAUGAGUUGACGCUGCAGGAGCAGAAGGCCGCGUAUUGGAUUGCCUUUGGACCACAUGGUCCCCGUGCUGUCGACCCCCCUGGCACUAAUGCCCGUAUUGCUUGGGGCGUUGCUAUCGGUCUCGCUGCUUCCUUCACCAUUUUCGCUGCUAUUCGAUUAGCUGCUAAACCCGAACCUCACACUAUGUCUAAGGAAUAUCAGGAGGCUUCGAACGAACUCCUUAUUCAACAAAAAGCCGAUCCUAUCACUGGUAUUUCUUCCCCAAGGUACGAGGGCAAGGGUAUGGUUCAGUCUCCCCCUAAGGGCUACUAG